GUGCAACUCCUAUCAACCGACGUCGUCUGGUAAAUCGUCUAACGGCCGUUUUAAACGGACCGACUUUUUUGUCAGAAUUUUCGACAUUUGUCUUUCAAAAACUUGGAACCUGUGUGCAGUCAUUUUAAACGUGUGACGUGGACUUGUGCAACUUGUGUCAAAAAAAAUGACGCCGUCCGUGAGUUGUAGCGCUCACUUCGAGACAACACACACGACACAACACAAACCGCGGAAAACACGACAUCAUGGACACCGACAUGGAUAUCACGACCACCCAGCGUGGCCGGCAGACCAAAACCCCGGCGAAAUUCCAGCAGACGGGCUCUCUCGGUGCCGCCGUAGGCGGUGGAGGCUUGCUCUCCAGCAAGAUAGUGCUGCUGCCUGGCAUCUCGGGGAACACUCAUGUUACCACGGGAGGCGCUGCCGCCACCAACACUCAGAGCGAGGGUGGAGCAGGCCGCCGGCGAGGGGUGGCAACCACUGCUCCUACCCCCCCGGGAAAAGGAAAAAACAAAGCGGCGGACGCGAAGCAACAACUGCAAGCCAUCAUGGCGGACCGCCGUUUUUCGGACGGCACAGCAACAACAGCAGACAGCAUCGUCAACGUUGGCAACAGCGACGAUAGCAAUAGCGACAGCGACAGAUGACUCACACACAACCCUAGCUG